AGCUUCUGCAGCCCUUUAAAAGGGGCAGAGCCUGUAGUGGGAUCAGUGGCCCUGGUUCUGGAGAUAAAGGUGUCCAGGAGAGCAGGUGCGGGCUUCCCAGCCAGCUCAGGCCAGAGCCAGGGUCCUGUUGUCUCAGGCCUGAUGUCUGCAGAGGCGGCCAUGGCUAUGUGUGACCCUGAAUUUGGUGGUGGCAAGAUGAAGGAGACAAGCGUGGGGGGCAGAUGGCGUGGGUCCUGGUACGAGCGGUUCGUGCAGCCCUGCCUGGUCGAACUGCUGGGCUCGGCCCUAUUCAUCUUCAUCGGGUGCCUGUCGGUCAUCGAGAACGGGGCGGACACUGGGAGGCUGCAGCCGGCCCUGGCCCACGGGCUGGCCCUGGGCCUCGUCAUCGCCACGCUGGGGAAUAUCAGUGGUGGACACUUCAACCCUGCGGUGUCCCUGGCGGCCACGCUGAUUGGAGGUCUCAACCUGGCGAUGCUCCUUCCCUACUGGAUCUCGCAGCUCUGCGGGGGGCUGAUCGGGGCUGCCUUGGCCAAGGCGGUGAGUCCUCAGGAGAGGUUCUGGAAUGCGUUUGGGGCAGCCUUUGUGACAGUCCAGGAGUCGGGACAGGUGGCCGGGGCACUGGGGGCAGAGGUUGUCUUGACGACACUGCUGACACUGGCCGUAUGCAUGGGUGCCAUCAACGAGAAAACACGGGGCCCUCUGGCCCCAUUCUCCAUCGGCUUCUCCGUCACCGUGGAUAUCCUGGCGGGGGGUGCUGUGUCAGGAGCCUGCAUGAACCCUGCCCGUGCCUUUGGACCUGCUGUGGUGGCCAACUACUGGAACUUCCACUGGAUCUACUGGGUGGGCCCAUUCCUGGCCAGCCUGCUUGUAGGAGUGCUCAUCAGAAUGGCAGAGAUGUGCAUCUUCAGGAAAAGGGCUGGAAACCAAACAGGAAAGAGUUUCUGCCUCUCCCCAAGGGGAUCUGGCUCCUGAGGCUGGGAAGGCUCAGGAAGGCAUCUGUCUGGAGAGUUCUGGGCCUAGAGACGUUGAUGAAGGGCUGUGUCUCUCCCCCACAAGCUCAGAGACCUCACUGGGCCAUUUUUUUUGUAGGUUCCUCAUUGGAGAUGGGAAAACCCGCCUAAUCCUAAAGGGACGGUGAAGCUGAGAUGGUGGAAUUCCUGCCGCUCCAGUUUCCCUCAGUGGACCCCUCCUGGACUGCAGACAGGACAGCUUCUGCCAUUUCCUGCUAGGGCAGAGGACCAGAGGAGCAACUGACCUGAGCCUAGCUUCUCGGAUAGACAGACUGCCGCUAAGUCCUGAGGAUGCUCUAGGCUCUUUGAAUUCCUUUGUACUCAUCAGAGUCCUCAGCCCAGGGAACGUGUUGCCAGCACUGCCCAGAGGGAGGCAGAAACAGCACAACAGAAGAGUUUUUCUUGACAGGGAAGGUCUAGGAGCAGAAGAGCCGUUGGAAGAGAUGGCUGUGUAUGUACAUCAGCUCAUUUCCCCCACCCCGUUUUCUCUCCUUCUCUUGUUUCCUGAUUCUGACUAUGUAUUUCCUUGCUUCCUGAGCUGCCAAUCUAGCUUUGCAAUAAAUAGUCCAGUAUUUCCUUC